AUGGUCCAACUACAGAACUUUUUUUUUUUUCUUAUCUUUAUGGUUGUGCUUUGUGGUACGGCAGCACCCAUACUAUUUCAAUGGUUGGUAAGUAGAGAUGUUCCCACAGGUGCUCCUUUUUCUCAUGGUACUAUAAUACCUAUUUUUACCUCUUUAUCAUUGCUUUUAGUUUAUGUACAUUCCAGGGGAUUCAUACGCUCUAUGGACAAAACAGAAAGGAUAGUUUUGGUAAGAGCAAGACCCAUUUUAUUACCCAACAUAAUUGAAAAAAGCUCCCCAAAAACUAGAGCUAAAAAUGCAUUUUUUUUCUUUUUUAUUUUCAUUUUCAAUUUUUUUAUUUUCAAAUUUAUGGGAGACUUGUCAUAUUUAGAAUCUUUCUGUGGUGUGCUUUGUUUUUUAUUAUUUUGUACGUUUUUCUUAUCAUCUAAAUAUAGGCGCGAUACGUGGGCAAACAAGGAGCCUAGGCUUGGAAUAGAAAAAAAAAGAAAAGCGCGUAAGCGGGCACAGAGAAGAAAGCGCCAAGCGCUUUGUUGGCCUAACGAAAAAAAGAAACAAAGAAAUAAAAAGAAAGAAAAUGCAUUUUUAUUUCUUUCAAAUAAAUCAAAAAUAUUUUUGAUUUAUUUGCUGCAAUUUUCAAAAACCUUCGGCUUCAACGAAAAAGCCAAAAUUUUGGCUUUUUAUUCUCUGCUUGCUUUUUCGCAAGCUUAUUCUUCCGUCCCUGAAAAUAGUUGGAAUAGAUUUUUUCUUGUUCGCGCCUUACCAAAAAGACUGAUGGAUGUUGGUCAUGACUUUCGAAAAGUUCCCAUGACUAUGAAAAUUUCACAUGGAGGAGUUUGCAUCUUUAUUAUGGGUGUUAUUUUGUCCAACACAAAAAAGAGACAGUUUACUCAAUUAUUGCCUUUAGGUUCUGAACUACAUAUAGGAAGAGAGCAUUGUUGUUUGCGAGGUAUUGAUCAAUUACAUGGACCCACCUUUCAUUCCAUUUGUGGUAAUUUGAUUAUUUAUAAACCGUCCUUAAAAAAUCCAUUCAUUUUGGAUCAUGAUGAAUCACUUCGUGCCAUAAUCGACUUGUUGCCAAUUGCAGCGCCUUCGUACCAGACUGAAAAAGUUGAAAAAAAAUAUAUAUAUUUUUUUUCAACUUUUUUCCAUGGUGACAGAUCAUGGAGAAAUCGCGAACAUCAUAGUUUCCCACUUUGGUUGACUGUGUUCCCAGAAAAAAGAUUUUCUUUUUCUAAUCAAGAAACAAGCACUACCAAAGUGGCUAUACAUAGUAAUCUUUUUACGGAUCUAUAUGCUUUAAUUGGAACUGGAAGUUUUGAAACAGGCUGGUAUAUUACCAUAAUGAAACUACCUUUCAUUUUCUGUAUUUGGAUAGGGUUUAUUCUGGCUUCAUUGGGAGGCUUGCGUAGUUUUCUACGUCAGCUGGCUUUAUAUAGAUUGGAUUGGAAUUGA